UAAAAAGCCUUGGUCUCCAAGCGAGUCAGCACAAAGAAGCCCCACAAGAGGAGCAGAGCUGGAAUAAACCACAGAAGACACACUUUUCACUCCAAAACGAAUCCAAUGACUGAGUGGAUACUAUUUGUUCAACUCUUUGCAGGACUCCUCCUAAUUCCUGGUGAAGAUGCCUCCUGUGCUGUCGAGCUGAUCCCACCCCGCGUUGUGGUGAAACACGGAGACCCAGUAUCAGUCAACUGCAGCACAUCAGCAAGUGACGUUGCAGGAGUCGGUUGGGAAGCUUCACAAGGAGGCACAGGCAUCCGGGAACAGAGAUCUGUGAUGUGGACAGUUGAGAGUCUAAUUCAGUGGGAUAUUAGUCCCAAAUGCUUCCUCAACGAUAUACACGGAAAGCAAUGUCUUACCAAACUGGAUCUUGUAAUCUACACCUUUCCAGAAACCAUUAGCAUCAGCUCCAGCGCUGACUUAAAUGAAGGAAUUAGAGAAAACGUGGAGUACAACUUCACAUGCAGCAUUCUCAAUAUUGCACCAGUUCAAAAUCUCACGAUAAGGUGGUACAGGGGAGAUGCGCUCAUUCACACAAACACUCUUCAGAGUGAACAAAAGAAACCCACAAACCAGACGUCUGUCCAUAGUUUUACACCGACGAGACAGCAUGACGGAACCACUAUCAGAUGUGAAGCGCACAUGGACUUAGGACCAGAAGGUUCAAAGUUUAAUGCAUCUUCACAGGAGCUAAAUAUCAAAGUUCUGUUUGGACCUUAUAUCGAGUGCAACACCAUAGAGGUUCAGGAGGGAGAAUCUUUGGAAGGGAAAUGCAACGUGACAGGGAACCCCCCUCCGUCGGUUGUCUGGCUGAAAGAUGGACAUCCCGUAAACCUGACGGACCCUCUGAGAAGAAAUGACACGGGGACGUAUGACGUAAAAGCUGAUGCAGUUGAAGAGAAAAUCCAGGUUGAUGUGCACUAUGGACCGGAGUGGAUGUGUCCAGAUACUUUCACCGCUUCAGAGUACAGGCCACACAACCUCAUCUGCAGUCAGGGUUUCCCAGAACCUCAGGAGAUCUGGUACAAAGAUCACGAGGAGGUCAAACUUCCAGACAUCCUAACGAGAAGAGACGCGGGCCAGUACUGGGUCACAGUUUCUAACAAUCUGACAACCCUCAACUAUACAGUAGACAUUGUCGUUCAUUACCCACCGUCUGAUAUAGUGGAGCUUGAAGACUCUGAAGUUAAGGCCGGAGAAGGUUUGGUACUGAAGUGCUCAUCUGCAGGCAACCCACGCCUCAACUACUCCUGGACUUACUACAAGACUGAAAAUGUGAAUGAGAGAACUGAAGACGGAGUGUCUGCUCUCGUCAUCAACAACGCCAACGGAUUCAACAUAGGUUCCUACACUUGCCAUGCUUGGAACGAGAGAGGAAAUGUCUCCAAAACAGUUAGAGUCACCGUCAAAGGUGCCGAGCAGGAAUGUCCCAUUGAAAUACAACCAGACACAAUGGUGCUGGAAUACCAAAGCAGAGGCCAGGCUGCAGUUUGCAAGCCCCGAAACGCUGACUCAAACGUUAAGGAAAUAUUCUGGCAGAUCCAGCCGGACAGAAAUAUUUCCAAUGAAAGUUGGACACCUGACGUGAGCAAAGACUGGGACCUAAGUCCUGUUUGUCACGGAGACUUUAAGGGAAUAGGACGGUGUAAUAAAACUUUACUCUACAUUCUUUACAAACCACCAGAAAAUGUCUCCAUCGACACCAAGGAUAAUUCAACAUCCACAGUGGAGGGAGGAGUGAUGGAGCUGAAGUGCAGCAUUAAGGAUGUGGCUCCUGCGGAAAACCUCAAAGUACAUUGGACGUGGCAAAAAGGGAAUGAGACUGUUGAGCUUGGUUCAGUGGGAGCAAACAAUGCAUCAAGCUGCAGCUUCCCUAAGAAGAGAUCGCCUGUAAAUGUGGAAUGCUACAUGAACAUCACUUUGAAUAGGACUCACCAUGGGACCGAGGUCAGAUGUGAAGCUGAACUAGACCUGGGACCUAAAGGACCACAGCCUCCACCAUCUGCGAAUUCCUAUUCAUUCAUCCUCAACGUCACCUAUAAACCCAAGAUUAACACCACAAAGCUUCCGAAGUCGGUCCCAGUGAUCAGAGGUUAUAAAGAGGAGCUGGUUUGUGAGGCUGAUGGCAACCCGCCCCCAAAGAUCCAAUGGCAUUAUAGCUCACGCACAGCCUUUCUUGGGUCAAAUGGCACACUCAUUGUGAAUGAAGAGGGCACCUACAACUGCACCGCUGAGAACUAUCUCAGCCGUGACACACAUGUGGUUCAAGUCGAACUAAAAG